CUCAUCCCUCCUCCCAUCCCUCCCUCCCUCCCUCUCUCCCGGCGGGGCGCGGAGCACGGCGGAGCGAUGUGGCAGUGGCGGUAUGUCAGCGGCCGGCAGCUGGACGGCUUCCGACAGUACAAGUACAGUGCUGUGGAUACAAAUCCUUUAUCUGUGUAUAUUAUGCAGCCCAUCUGGAACAAAAUUAUUAAGAUAGUGCCUUUGUGGAUUGCUCCCAACCUGUUAACAUUCUCUGGAUUUGUCAUGAUUUUAUUUAAUUAUUUUCUAAUAUCUUUUUAUGACUGGGACUACACUGCCUCAGGUAGCAGUCCUGGACUUGUUCCCACCUGGGUGUGGCUCUUCAGUGCUUUUACCACUUUUUGUGCUUAUGCUUUAGACUCCAUAGAUGGGAAACAUGCUCGAAGGACUCAGUCCAGUACUCCUCUAGGAGAACUAUUCGACCAUGGACUGGAUAGCUGGGCUACCUCCAUUUUUGUGCUUUCCUUUUUUUCUGUCUGUUCCCGUGACAAUGGGAAGACUGGAGUUUCUGUAUAUACAAUGUAUAUAUAUUUAAGCAUUGUCUUAUUUAACUUCAUGUGUUCACACUGGGAGAAAUAUAACACAGGAGUUCUUUUUCUUCCUUGGGGAUAUGAUAUAAGCCAAGUGGUAUUAAUAGCAGCAUAUCUGCUUACCAGUGCUGUUGGUGUGGAAGUCUGGCAGAAGCCUUUGCUGCUUGGUUAUUACAUUACAGACAUAUUAGUAAUCCUGCUUAUAGGCUUCAGUUUAUUUCUUUCAUUUCCACAAACACUAUACAAUAUUCACAGAGCACAUUUAAAGAAAACACUGAAGCAUGAUUCUCUGUAUGAAGGACUCCUACCCCUUGUGUCACCUCUGUUGCUGUUCGUUCUUCUUACAGUCUGGGUGGUUUUAUCUCCAAGCAACAUAUUAGCAAAGCAACCAAGGCUGUUUUUAUGGAUGGUUGGGGUUGCUUUCUCAAAUGUUAUUUGCAAGGUGAUCAUCUGCCAGAUGAGCGGCACCCAGCCGGAGCUUUUCCACUGGUUCCUGUUGCCGCUGGCACUGGUGGUGUACGCAGCCAUCUCCGGGCUGCUGGGCUGGAUGGAAGAAGCUGUUCUUGCCGUGUUCACCGCCCUGGUCACGGCCGCCCAUGUGCACUACGGGGUCUGCGUGGUGAGCGGGUGCCUCCGAAGCAGCCACAGAAGAGCUGCCCUGGGGGUAGGCAGCUGAGUGAGCACUUGAACAUUUACAUCUUUUCCCUGAAGAAACGCAUCCAAGAGUGAACACCUGCACUAUGAUCAGACUGUAACACUUACGUGGAGAUCUGCAACUCUUCUGAUGUGAUAAACAGUUGGAAUUAAUCUGAUCAAAAUAACCAAAGAAUAGAACAGUACAGAUAUCUGAACCACUGCGACAAUGAGCUAUGCAGCAAGAUGCUUCAUCUCAGAGGAAGAUUCCUGUCCAGCAGAGAAGUGUUUACCAAGUUGUUCUGCUGCUAACAUUUAUUCUCUUCUAACACUAAUGCUGUGUUACUGGCCUCUCUGAAGCUUUUGUCUUCCUCCUCCUUGCCAUUUUGUCCAAAGUCCUGGAUAAAUUCAUGCCAGGUUACAUAAGCUUCUUGGUGGUUUAUAACCAGCACUGGUUUCGCCCAGCCUAGUCACCAGUGGGACUCCAGCAAUGCAAACACUCCCUGUAUGUCCUUCUCACUCAGACAUCUGUGCCUGCUUCAUUUUCCGUAUUUAUUUUCUCACAACUCAUUUCUUCCAUACAACCUCCUGAAAGGCUUAUGCACAUUCAGUCUUUUCCUCACCUCAAAUGAAUGUGUGAAGACAAGAGAAUGAGCUGAGAAAGCUAUGGGUAAAGUGUUUUUGAAAUGUACAUUUUUUUUCCCAUUCUCAGCAUUAAGAUGAGUCUCAGCUGACCUGUAUCUGUCAGAAAUGCAGGCUCUGUACAGCAGCAGUUGACCUUUAUAUUUAUUUCCUAGGCAGUAACAAGCACAUUGUUGAUAUUUCAGUAUCAACGAGCAAUAUACUCUACAAAGGUAACCAGCUGAAAAUAAAUUUGGCCAGCAAACCUUCAAAGAUUCACACAUUUCACUGCAAAACUAGUUUAGGUCAAACAUCAUGUAUGAGUGCAAAAUGCAAAACAAACCAUUAUUUGCCUGUGUGCUUGAAGCAAAUUCUUGUGGGUUUAGAAAAUGACAAAAGAAAAAAAAACAAGAAGAGCUUUUUUUUUUUUUUUUUCAAACGUUACACAUUUGCAUGCAGAUGUAAACUGCUCACUUCAUCUACGAUACAUGUAGGUUUUCUGCAUGCCUUGGAGGAAGGAGUAAGAAUUUGAGUUUCAUCUCUUUUCAUAUGCUGCCCUAGCCAGAGGGACUUUGUGGUCUUGAAGCACUAAUGAAACAAUCUGUCCAUUCCCCAAGGUAAGCAUGAGAUUACAUUUUUUGCACAGAGGGAUGUGAUUGACAGACUGGCAUAUUUAUUAACUAUUUUGCUUGCCAGAAGCCAGGUAAAAGCACAAUUGUUGAGCUGCUAAGGCUUAAGUUCACCUUUUUCAGUUCUUAGACCAUUUCUCUGGGUUUAUCACUAGCCUGAUCAUUCUUCCCCCCCCCCCUUGUUAACUUACCCUUAUAUCAGUAGCUCCUAUUAGUAUUUUCAGCUGAGCACUGACCAGUCAUAUGAACAGCUUCAAUUUAAGCUGGUGCUGCCUGUUACAGGAGUUGUCCUCCCACAACAUCAGCAGGUGAUUUCCCCGGGCAGCCCUUCCUGGGUGCCAGGGGACAGGCCUGCACAUCAGCUUCCCCUCAUCACAAAGCAGAAAUCCACACCGACUGGGAAGGUUUCUCGUGAUUUGAAAGUAUGCAUGUUCCACCUACCAAAUGAGCAUGUUGAGGGUCCCACCCCCCAAAUGAACAUGAGACUACAGUCACAGUUCAAGCAGCUUAAGCUUUGAGUUGGGCAGAGGUGACCGGUCAUCCUGUUAAUGCAGAGUCAGAGGUUUUUCCAAGAGCCCUGCAGGGAAGGGAGGCUCCCGUGCCCUUUGGUACUACUGUGGUCCAGCUCCAAGAGACAUCUUCCAGCCUUCCUCCCCACUGGUGCGGUAGGCAUGCCCCUAUCCUGCAUGAUGCCCAGGGAGUGUGGGGUGUCCACCAAGGCACUCCCUAAGGACUCUCUCAGAAUAAGUCUGAAGGCUGGUUAUUUAAUGAAGUUUGCUAGAAAAGGCAGUUUGUGUUGAAGGGUAAUGACAAGUUUAAUGUUGUUGCAUGCACCCAACAGUGUCAAUGUUUGAUGGAAUUAAAUACUACAUCCAAUACCAGAGACAUAAAAGUCUCACCUACUUUAUAAAGGAAGUUUAUAUUUCACCCUUCCAUCACAAGUGUCUGGAGGACGUUCUGAUGAGAAAAGAAUUAGAAUACAAUAAAAUUACCUCUAAAUUGGUUGUACUGGAGAAACUCUGUGGACAGGCUUCCCUUUUAUGUCUGUCUUGCACUUAAUUAGGAAACAGCUGGAAAUAAGGGUCACAGAAGCAGCACUAUUUGAUGCACUGUAAUGGAGUAUUUUGAAAUAUUCAUUAAAUGAAAUUAUAAAACUUGAAAUACCACAACCUGCCUGCACUUGUACCUUUCUAAAGAGAAAUACAGUGUCACUUUUUAAGGACAUUAAGCUCUGGCCGAGUUUUUCACCUUCUAUAUGAAAACAUGGCAAAUAAUUUAUUUUUCCUUUUUAAAGGAACUUGUCACUACAAUCUCUAUAAAGACAUAUAUAAAAAGAAAUCAUGUAUUACACAGUGUAUAUAUUGAGUUUUUAGCCAUUCUAGAUGGUAGCUGGUUCAAUGAACAGGAAUAAAAAUGCUUUGCUCAUAGGGUGGUAUGGUCACAGAUUUAUUUUGCAAAGUCAGAUAACUAUGUAGAUGACCUAACAGUCUUAACAAAGAUUUUUUUUUUUUGUUGCAACAUUAUGGCAGAACGUUUUGAACAGGAAAAUAGGUACCUUUUUUAUGCUUUUGAACAUUUGCACUAGCCCAAAGACAUGCCUCCCCACCAAGUCUUACAAAAAGCAACUCAAAAGAGCAGCUCUCCCAGGUUUGAACACCUGGGUUGGAAAUGGGCUCCUCUAUCCCUGCUUCAUCCUACCCCCUCUAUUAGAAACCUUCCCUGAGCGGGGCUAAGCAAAAAUUUGGCCUCAGCCCCAGGAAUACCUGAUAGCAGUGGGGCCCAGGCUGGUGGCACACAACCAUGGCACAAAGGGGUCCUGAGCCAAGGCUCGAAGCCUCGGAGAUUGAGCAGCAACUACUGUGGCAACAUUGCUCAUGCUACAAAAGAUCAGAGCAGUGAGAAUUACAAUGAAGUUUCCCCCCUUUUAUUCCAAAAAGCCUAAUACUUUAAUCUGAAACGCAGGCAGGUUUUAGGUACUGCACUGAAGAUUCAUCCUUGAAUACUUGGCCACUGCAGGAAAGUCCACUGGGAGUUUCAGUGCCCUUGCUGUAGUACUCUCUUCACCUCCUGGCUGCUGCCAGUUUUGCUGUUGUAUCAAAACUGAUACACAAGAGAUUUAGUACUCUGAAAUCCAAAAGCAUUUACCAUAAAGAAAAAUGUGCUGUUUACAUGCACAGGCAUACAGGCAUUUUCUUUUUGAUUUAUAGAAGGGGAUGCAGUUGCUGAGCUCUUGGGGAAACAGAUGCUACCCACACACACACAGGAUAAGUGAACUUUUGGUUUUUUAACGCAGCUGCCUUUUUCUUCCUGCUCCCAUAUGCAGUCCCUGAUGAAUCAAAAAUAUGUAUUUUAUCCAGAAAAGUAUUACUUUAGAAUGUUCUGAAUAGUCUCUAGAGCUAGACAGAUUUUAACAUAUAUUUUUUUAUUAAAUAUGUAAAAAGAUAAACGCAAGUCAAGUUAUUCACAUAUUCAGACAAAAAUCUACUCUAUCAUGCGACAAUUUGUGGAUAAUGUAAAAUGACUGAUACAUCUGAAUAAGACCUUUUUUGUAUCUAUUAUGCCAUUACUUAUCUAUUUAUAAUUAACAAUACAUAUGUUUACAUUCCUUUCAGUUUACAUUUAAUAUAUAACCAAAGCUUUAUGGUGUGCUAUUUAGUAAAGGUAAUUACAAAUGCAUAUUAAAACCAUAACAGAAGAAUGGGUUACUCACAGGGGGUGGGGGGAAAAGGACAACUCUUUCCCCUUUCAGAACACUGCUCUCCCCUCAGCACAGCCAAAUUUCUAGUGCCCUCAAGGUAUUUCACUGCCCCAGCUCCCUACAUCAGUCACUCUGCCCUUGAUACAAGCAGUGAGAGGGCUAUGGUCCUCUGAUUAGAAACAGGAUAUGAGGAAUUUUCAGGAAAUUAAGUG